AAGAAAACCCUUUCGAAAAUGAAUUGCUGGGCGAUAACGUGACAACCAUUAAAUCGUGUUCUGAGGUUUUGGUGAAAUUGUAGUAAAACAGCGAAGAGGAUUAGACAGAUAGAGGGAAAUUCGAAAGCUGUGUAUCUUCUUUUUCUCUCAAUGAGUUCCAACGCCACUAAAGUUUCGUUCUCCGUUCAAUCAAAAUCAAACCGGAAACAGUCGAAAACCGUCCAUCGUCAACAUGAAGAUCAAGAUGAAGUCCAACCCACCAAACACUUCGUCACCGAAUUCGAUCCAAACAAAACCCUAACCAACGCCAAGCCAAAACCCAGUCUCAUAAUCCCGCCCAAAUCCAAUGAACCGCGUCUGCACAAGAAGAUGGAGAACAUCGACCUCCCCAACGAAGCCUCCGAUCAACUUCAAUUGGAGCUCCAUAGCACCACUGAAGGUGCUGAGGGUGCCGAUCAGAUUACGUACGGUCUUAAUUUGAGGAAGAGUGUCGGCGGCAAUAAGGAUGAGGAAAAAGCGGCUGAGUCUGUGUCCGCGUUUGAGCCUGUAGAGAGGGUGAAAUCGAAGGAUGUGAAGUUUGAUUUGGAGGGAUUGCCGGAGGACGAGGGAUUUGAGCAGUAUGAAGAUAUGCCGGUUGAGGAUUUUGGUGCUUCGUUGCUUGGUGGAUUGGGUUGGUAUGAGGGUAGAGGGCUUGGUAAAAACCCUAAGGGAAAUGUUCAAAUUAAGCAAAUUGAGAAGAAGAGUUUUGUUUCUGACGAUGCUAUUGCUGGUUUAAGGAGUAGUAAGGACAAGAGGAAAGAAGAGAGACGUAUUGACUCAAAUGGAGGCGAUAGAAAGGAUAAACCGGUCAAACAUCGAAGUCAGGAGAGUGAAGAUAGAGAUAGAGUGAAUAGAAAUGGGAACCAAAAGCAGAGUAGAGAGAGUGAAAAGAGAGGCAGUAUUAAUAAUGGGAGUGAAAGAAGUAGUAGAGAAAGUAAAAGGAGAGGCAGUAGUAAUGAUGGGAGCAAGAAAAGAAGUAGAGAGAGUGUGAAGAGAGACAUUGGUGGUGAUGAAGAGAGGGUUUCUUGGCUUAGGCGUCAUAUUAGAGUAAAGAUAAUAAGCAAAGAGUUUAAAAAGGGAAGAUUGUAUUUGAAAAAGGGAGAGGUGGUCGAUGUGGCGGGGACUAGAUGUAAUGUAUUGAUGGAUGACAGUAGAGAAUUGAUAAAAGGUGUUGAUCAGGAUCUUCUUGAGACUGCAUUGCCGAGGAAUAAAGGCGGGGUUCUUGUUUUGUAUGGAAAACAUAAAGGUGUCUAUGGGAGUUUAGUCGAUAAGGAUAUGGAUACAAAUACAGGCAUUGUUUUUUAUGCGGAUACUGAAGAGUAUUUGAAUGUUAAUCUAGAGCAGAUUGCAGAGUAUACUAGAAGUCCAAGCAGUAUUGACUAUUGAUUCUCUUGCUUCAACCAGAUGCAAGACCUGUUUGAUGGGCUUGCCCUCUGAUCAAUAGGUAUUUCAAGCUGUACCUCCUGUUAACACAUACGGUGAUAUAUAUUUCUUUCGUGCUAGGAAUAUUGUUGAAACAUUUAAUCUCAUUUUAAAUGAAUUUUUUGUUGUAUUUUAAUAUGGUACUUGUCACUGUUAUCUGUCUAUUUGAGUAUUUGUUCUGUGGGAAGAGCUUUGCUUGGUAAUUUCUUUGUUUUGUUUAUGAGUUCUUUGUUUUAUCAGCUAAUGGCGUUUAUUCUUAGAGGAUAUUUGCUGGAAAUUAUUAAAUUACUGAUACAAUAGUAAUGCUGACUAUAUGAUGCAACACUGAAAUGAAAUGAA